AAUAACAAUAAAAGAAUGAGUGUUGCAGAUGCAGGGGAGAACUCAUCUAGUGUUGAAGUGGGGGUUAGAAUCUGGCUUGACCGGGGCAGGUUGUUUCUGCUCUCACCAAUUCAUUCAUUCAUAUGCCAUCUCAUCCUUUUUAUUCUCAUUCUCAUUCUCUCUGCCUCACAUCAAACUAUGUCUUCUCCCUUAGAUGAUUGCACAGAGCACUUAUUGGAUGUGGAUGGCUACGCCAAUGGAAAUGGCACGGACCUCGCAAAGCCCAAAUUCAAGAUAAGAAAUCUGACCAGAGUUUCUGAUGAUGGUGUUCUCAUUCUCAAAGGCAUUAACGUUGACAUCCCCAAAGGUGUCAUCGUGGGUGUCAUAGGUCCCAGUGGAAGCGGCAAGUCAACGCUGUUAAGGGCCUUGAACCGUCUCUGGGAGCCACCCUCCUCCUCCGUCUUCCUCGACGGCGCCGACAUCUGCGAUCACGACGUUCUCUCCCUCCGUCGUAAGGUUGGGAUGCUCUUUCAGCUCCCUGCUCUCUUCGAAGGCACGGUUGCAGACAAUGUGAGAUAUGGACCACAACUGAGAGGGAAAAAGCUAACCGAUGAUGAGGUGCGCAAGUUGCUGAUAAUGGCGGACCUAGAUGCUUCUUUCAUGGAUAAAUCCGGGGCUGAACUCUCUGUGGGUCAAGCUCAAAGAGUAGCACUUGCCAGGACCUUAGCUAAUUCACCAGAGGUUUUGCUGCUGGAUGAGCCAACUAGUGCGUUGGAUCCAAUAUCCACGGAAAACAUAGAGGAUGCCCUGAUGAAGCUGAACAAGAAUCGGAGCAUAACAGUGAUCAUGGUCUCUCAUAGCAUCAAACAAAUCCAGAGGAUUGCUGACAUAGUCUGUUUGCUUGUUGAUGGUGAAAUUGUUGAAGUUCUCAAGCCUGAUAAACUCUCUGAAGCCAAGCAUCCAAUGGCACAGAGGUUUCUUCAACUCAGUUCUUAGGGGUCUUAACUUAUGCGUUGUAAAAUUCUAUUUUCGCUUGUGGGAUUUAGAACUUUGAAUCGGUCCAAGACAAGAUGACCUACUUGCUGCUUUAUCAGCCAUAUUAGUGGACCUCGAUAAAUAUCAUUGUAUCAAUCGACUAUAUUAAUUCUAUAUGUUGCUUUCGAGACAUGUUCAUGACAUUCUUGGCUGAUAUGGAAAUGUCAUGGUCGAGGUUUUGUCAUAAUAUAAUAUUUUUAGUUAAUAGAGGUAUAUUUAGUGGAGAAUAUUUUUCAACAUGCAGUAGUUCCAGAUAUCAAGAAUAGUUAUACUAGUGAAUUUCACAAAAUGUUGACCAAUGCUUAAGGAAAUAAAAAUAGAAGUGUUUAAUAUAAUUAAAAAAAACUGUAUAAUAUUUAUUAUUUGAGUGACUGGAACUGUUUAAUAAAAUUUAUUAGAUACUUCUCU